UGUCAAAAAGGCGCGAGGACAAUUGGUCUGAAGAGCGGACAGUGAACUAACGGCAGACAUGAGCGACGAAGAUCAAGCCAAGCAGCUAUUAGAGUGUGUGGGAAGAUUGUCCCCGUCCUCGAGCAAGAAAGCACCACGGAUGCCGAAGUGCUCCAGAUGCAGGAACCACGGUUAUGUCUCACCGUUGAAGGGACAUAAAAGAUUUUGCAACUGGAGAGAUUGCCAAUGCCAAAAAUGUAAACUGAUUGCAGAAAGACAGAGAGUGAUGGCUGCCCAGGUGUCCCUCCGCCGCCAGCAGGCCCAGGAAGAAGAGAUGGGGAUCUGUAACCCAGUCUCCAUUUCCAGCUCUGAGAUCGUAGUGAAGAAUGAGCCGUCAGGAGACUGCCUGUUUUCGGUUGGGGGAAGAUCCUCGACCACGACGACCAUGACUUCUGCUGCCUCCCCCUCUGCCUCAGGCGCCCAUCCCCCACUGUCUCCCAGCCCCUCAACCACCAGCAGGGGCCAGCCUGAGGGGACAUCAGACCUGGUGGUGGACGCCUCCUACUACAACUUCUACCAGCCUUCCCGCUAUCCGGCCUACUACAGCAACCUCUACAACUAUCAGCAAUACCAGAUUCCCAAUGGUGACGGCCGCCUGCCCAGCCACAAUGUGUCUCCCCAGUACCGGAUGCACUCCUAUUACUCUGCAGCCUCCUAUCUGAGCCAAGGUCUUGGGACCUCUGCCUGCGUGGCUCCCAUCUUCCCCUUGGAAGAGAACGGCACCUGCCCCGAGUCCAAGUCACCCUCCUUCGCCCCCAGUAGUGCUGGUGGCCAUGACUCAGCGAUGGGCUGCCUCUCCAUCAACUCCCUUGUCAACUCGGAAGCUAAAAACGAUUGUGAAGGCAACUCUGAGUCAGAUACCUUCACUGUGGAUUCCAUCAUUGAAGGAGCCACCAAGUAAAGAGAGGGGGACAAAACUGCUUUUGAUACUUCUUUCCAAAAUCAGUGUGUUCAAAGUCAUAUUUAUUUGUAGUUUACACUGCAUUUAUUUCAUUUUGUAUGGGUGGGGGGGCAAAACAAAUCUAAUAAAGUUAACCAAUGCUAAAUGUGUGGAGCAAGCUAAAAAAGAAUAUGAAGUGAAAAUAUGAAGCAUUUCAAGAGGAACUUCAUUAUCUGUACGUUUUAAAAUUAAAUUCCAUGAAACAAAUGGUUCAAUAUUGCAUGUUCACACAUUAGGGCAUUCUUUUUAAGGCUCUGGUGUUUGAUGUUUUGAAAGACAGUUUUUUCAAAGAAAGAAAAAAAAACAUGAUUGUGGAAUAGUUCUCUUUCUCGUUAACAUGAGAAAGAAGU